GUCACUCUGUUUACCUCCGUGGAGCCGCACCGACCGGACCGGGAUUUACCGACGGAUCCAGAGUUCUGCUCGCUGACCGGUCGACGUCCUUCCAACUUUAAAAUCUUUCUCUCGUCGGUUCAGAGAUGCCGGAGCCGGGAGCCGGCGGGCCGAUGCCCCCUCGGACGUUGCUGCUGUGUCUCCUGCCGCUGCUGUGUGACGCCGGCUGGAGGCAAACCGGGCCCCGGCUGCAGCUCUCCCACUCAGAUCUGAGGAACAGCUCGGCGGUCUUCUGGGAGGGCGGAGUCAGCGGCGGAUAUCAGGCCUUGUUAUUGGACGAGGAUCAAGGAUGGCUGUUGGUCGGAGGGAAGGACCACAUCUACCUGCUGAAGCCAGACCGUCUGGACCUGCCCACGCAUACGAUCCACUGGCCUGCUGCCAGAGAACAUGUGGUCCGCUGCAGUCUGGCAGGAAAGAGUCUGGAGACGGACUGCGCCAACUUUGUGCGCCUGCUGCAGCCGUUCAAUAAGACCCACGUGUACGCCUGUGGAACCGGAGCCUUCCACCCGCAGUGCACGUACCUGCACGUGGGACACGGCACGCAGGAGCCGGUAUUCAUGUUGUCUCAUUCAGAGUCCGGCAGAGGGAAAUGUCCCUUCAGUCCCAGAGAGCCAUUCACUGCUCUACUGACUGGUGGUGAGCUGUAUGCAGGCUCCUCAGUAGACUUCAUGGGGGCCAAUGCAGCCCUCCUUCGUACCCCAGUGAGCAGCGUGCAGCAUCACAUCCGGACUGAAGCGUACGACCACAACUGGCUCCACGAGCCGGCCUUCGUGGGCUCCUUCUCCAUCCCCGACACUCACAGUCCGGACGACGACAAGGUCUACUUCUUCUUCAAGGAGCGGGCGUCGGAGGCCGGCCAGUGGGACGAGCGGGUUUACAGCCGGGUGGCUCGAGUCUGCAAGAAUGACGUAGGAGGGAAGAGGAGUCUGAUAAACCGCUGGACCACCUUCCUCAAAGCCAGACUGGUGUGUUCUGUUCCCGGUCCGUCUGGAGUCGACACUCAGUUUGAUGAGCUCGAGGACGUCUUUGUUCUGGAGAUGAAGGACCCGCAGAACCCGAUGGUCUACGGCGUCUUCAGCACGUCCAGCUCUAUAUUUACGGGUUCGGCGGUGUGUGUGUACUCGAUGGCGUCGAUCCGAGCUGCUUUCAACGGGCCGUUCGCCCAUAAAGAAGGACCCGACCACCGCUGGGUGGAGUUCAAAGGUCGCAUCCCCUACCCGAGACCCGGCACCUGUCCCAGUGAGACCUACGACGCCCUCCACAAGUCCACUCAGGACUUCCCUGACGAGGUGGUGAGCUUCAUGCGGCAGCACCAGCUGAUGUGGGAGCCCGUCCUGCCUCUGGGGGGGCGGCCCGUCCUGACCCGGGUCAACGCGCCCUACAUGCUGAAGAGGGUCGUGGUGGACAGGGUGGACGCAGAGGACGGCCCGUACGAUGUGUUACACCUGGGCACGGAUGACGGGAAGGUGGUGAAGGUGGUCUCCGUGGUCAGAGACAGCCUCAUCCCGGAGGAGCUCAUCCUGGAGGAGUUGACCGUCUUCCAGAGUCCAACUCCCAUCCUGAGCAUGAAGCUGUCCACCAAGAGGCAACAGCUGUACGUGUCCAGUGAGCUCGGCUUGGUCCAGCUGGGGCUCCAGAGAUGUGAGCUGUACGGGGCCGACUGUGCCGAGUGCUGCCUGGCCAGAGACCCCUACUGCUCCUGGGACGGCCAGACCUGCUCCAGAUACUUCCCCACCAGCAAGAGGCGGGCACGGAGGCAGGAUGUGAAGUACGGAGACCCCAGGAGUCAGUGCCCAAUCACAGAGGACAGCGUGGCCUCCGUGGCGCUGCAGGCCGUGUACGGCGUGGAGGGGAACUCCACCUUCCUGGAGUGCACCGCCCGCUCCCCGCAGGCCGAGCUGCAGUGGACCGCACGGCGCACGGAGAGCCCGGCACUCGGGGAGCUCCGUCAGCUCCGUCAGGGCGAUGGCGAGCGCUGCCUCCACAUGAAGCGGGGGUUGCUGGUUCAGCGCCUGGAGCCGGCCGACUCGGGCCUCUACACCUGCGCCAGCCACGAGCACUCCUACAGCCAGGUGCUGGCCCGGUACCGCGUCCACGUCAUCCCCAACCACGGCCUCCAGCCGCCCCGCCGCCAGCAGCAGGACCUGGACCCCAACCAGCCGGGCCCUCUGGUCCUCGGGAGGACCGGGUUCCUCGGCCAGUCGGCGGGUCACGGGAACUCCUGGCCGCCCCAGCAACUUCCCCUGAAGGGCUACAAAGACCUGCACCUGGUGGGGACCAACAGCCUGAGCGCGGACCAGUACUGCGAGCAGCUCUGGUACCGCGAGAAACGUCGUCAGCAGAAGCUGCGCACUCUGAAGCUGAGGCAGGAGAGCAGGAAGGCUCGGGUGAGGAGGAACCCCCCCGAGACCCGGCUCUAGUCCGGCAGGGGACCCAGAGACUGCUUGACGGACUACAGAACCAGAACCAGAUGUGUGCCAUUCAAAGCAAAGCUAAGAGACCGUAGUGAGUCCUCGUCCUGAAUAUUUUGGGGUUUCAGACGCAACAAAGAUGGCCGUGUAGGAGGAAGUUCUUCCAUCUUCCAUAUUAUAAAUAAGGAUUGUCUGUCGGCUCCGAGCUUCAGCUAAGACCUGUGAUGCAUCUGAUCCUAUAUCAGUUUAUUAACUGACAAGGUCAAGCUCCUUCAAGGUUGUGGCAUCGCAAAUUAGAUUGGCCGUAGCUUAGCAUUAGCUUAGCAUUAGCAAUGCCCGAGUUGAGUUUAAAGGGACAGUUGUGAUGUUUAGAGCUGUGGUUUUAUGAGCAGCCGACAGCAAAGUUCAGUUCUGCUCUGGACGUGUUUAAAGUAACUCAAUGAUGUAUUUAUGAAGCUUGAAGCUUGAAGCUCACACCAGACUGCAUCGGUUAACCGUGAGUGGACCUGUCAGGACUCAGGAGCUGCUGGUCCAUCAGUUCGUUGGUUGUUGACUGACUUUAGUGAAUCAGAACUCUUUAAAAAACUCAAUAGUAUGAACUGACUAGCCCACGGAGGCAGCUCCUGGGUUCUGAGAGGUUCAAUCACUGUUUCUACAUUAAUACUGAAUUAUUACUGCAUUAAUACACUGAUUCUGGAUAAUAAUCUCGUACAAGCCCACUUGAAACAUCACAACUAAACGUCGUACUCGUACUAGGUUCAAUUCCCACACUUCAAUAAUCCUUUUUCUGUCCAAAAGAUCUACUUCGACCUGAAAAUGAAUGGACUGACACAGAUGAACAUGUAUCAGGAUCUCACGCACAAUGCAGACAUAAAUAUGUAAACUAUAUAUAUAUAUAUUAAUGACAGAACAAGAGAAGUGUUUCCCCGAUGUACUGCUGCACAUUUAACUGAGUUUAAACAUGUAUUUAUGUGUGUUCUGUACUUCAGAUUGAAUAAAGGCUGCAGUGGAAACACACACAAUGGAAAAUACAUAAUAAAUAGCUUACUAAUAAUUAUUAUUCACAUCCGUGUGCAUCAAAGAACUUGAUAGUUUUCUUUCUUUGUUUUCUACACUCUGUCUUUCCUCACUGUUUAUAUGAACUUGUGUGUUUUCUCAUAAGAAAAAUGAAAACUUGUUUUUACUUCACAAUUUUAAUAAGAUUAUUAAAUUAAAAUGUCUUUAUGUGAAUAAAACACAAAAUGUUGUAAAAUAAAAACUAUUUUUACAUCUUA